GGGCGGAAGCGGAAGUGCCCGGUAUUCACGGACGGGCAGAGGAUGUUGGACUUUGCCAGCCAGCUGUUGCCAUGAAUAUACCAAUCUUCAUACUCGCUGGUCUCCUUGUGCAUUGUGUGUUCUUGGUCUCCAUUUUUGACAUCUACUUCAGCUCUCCCCUGGUCCAUGGAAUGACCCCUCAGCAGACUCCACUGCCACCUCCAGCAAAACGUCUCGUACUCUUUGUUGCUGAUGGUCUGCGAGCAGAUUCACUCUAUGAAUUGAACAGCAAUGGCACACCCCAGGCACCUUACCUGCGGGGUAUUCUAGAGAACAGUGGCAGCUGGGGAAUCUCUCAUACCCGGGUCCCAACAGAAUCCAGGCCGGGGCACGUUGCACUUAUAGCUGGAUUUUAUGAAGAUGUCAGUGCUGUUGCUAAAGGAUGGAAGGAGAAUCCAGUGGAAUUUGACUCUGUUUUCAAUGAAAGUAAAUAUACCUGGAGUUGGGGAAGCCCAGAUAUUUUGCCAAUGUUUGCAAAAGGUGCUACUGGAGAUCACGUUUAUACAUUUUGUUAUGCAGCAGAAAGUGAAGACUUUGGAGCACAAGAUGCAGCCAAGCUUGACCUAUGGGUUUUUGAUCAUGUUAAGAGCUUCUUUAAUUCUUCUAGAAGUAAUCAAACAUUGUUUUCUGCACUGAAUGAAGAGAAAGUGGUUCUGUUCCUACAUUUGCUAGGCAUAGACACAAAUGGACAUGCUCAUCGGCCAAACUCAAGGGAAUACAAGGAGAAUAUUAAAAAAGUUGACGAGGGUGUGAAAGAAAUUGCUUCAAUGAUUGACCAUUUCUAUGGAAAUGAUGGAAAAACUGCAUUUAUUUUAACUUCUGACCAUGGAAUGACAGAUUGGGGAUCCCAUGGAGCUGGUCAUCCUUCAGAAACUUUAACACCACUGAUUGUGUGGGGUGCUGGAAUAAAUUAUCCACAGAAGGUUACAUCUCAGUUCUUUGAAGACAAUUUUUUGAAAGAAUGGAAGCUGGAGAACUUGAAGAGGCUUGAUGUCAAUCAG